AUGUCAUCUUCGAAAAUGCAGAAAUUUUGUCCAACGUUGCCAGCAGCUCAAAACAACAACCCACAAGGUAAUGGAGGAAUGGCCCAAGAUAUUGUGUCUUUCAAAGACGACAUCGUGUCUCACCUACUGGUCCACAACACAUACACACGCCUGAAGGACCUUUACGAAGAGGAGCUACGUGAUGCUUGGGUUGAGAAGAUUGAGCCUGUGAAGCAUAUCCAGGAAGACCUUGCUGUCGCGGCGUUUUUGAUUGAGCUAUGGCGCACGAUGUACGGAGCAGUGCCAGAGGCCAAGACCACAGAACAAAACACCAUUUCGCGAUUCCCGGGAUUUGUUGACAUUGCCUGUGGGAAUGGUGUGGUUGUCUAUGUGCUCCUGAUGGAGGGCUAUUCCGGUUGUGGAUAUGAUGCUCGCCGUCGUCAAACAUGGGGCAUUUUCCCAUCAUCCGUGCAGGAACGGCUACUGGAGAAAGCAUACAUUCCCAAACCAUUCGCAGACACAGGUUACAUCGCAAAUGUCCGUACGGAUAUUCACACAGGGGAUUUCCCGCCUGGAACAUUCAUCAUCUCUAACCAUGCCGAUGAACUCACCCUGUGGACUCCACUCAUGGCAUCCCUUGCCUGUCCUGUCUCCCCACUCCCGUUCCUCGCUAUACCAUGUUGCUCGCAUUCGCUCUCUGGAUCCAGCUAUCGCUUCCCUGCGCCGAACAAAUCAUCAGGAAAAUCAGAAAACAAACCAACAAAAGCUGACGAUGAUGUCAUCGAUCAAAACCCACAACCCGCGUCAGGGGAUCUAAGAGCCUUGAGAGCCGCGAAAGCGAAAGAGAAAACGGCAGAAGGCAUACUCGACUCAAUGUACGGAUCUCUUGCUGCCAAGACUAUGCAAAUCGCACAAGAGGUUGGGUACGAUGUUGAAUCAACCCAGCUUCAACUCUUAAGUACCCGAAACAUAGGAAUAGUGGGGGGUCGGCAAUUGGUGGCUCGGGAACGGAGAGGAGAAUCUCGAGACGAGAGCCCGGCCCCCGCAUCAGUGGACCCUCAAUCUGACUGUAGCAGCAAAUUAGCCCGCCAAAUCCAAGAUAUCGUCGAGCGUGAGUGCACCAGGGAUGGGGGAAUUCAUGUUGCCGCUCGGACAUGGAUCGAGCGCGCUCUGAGCCUUCACAGGGCCACAAGAAUGGUGAACCUUCACCCAGUCUGUGAAUAG